AUGGAAACGCUGAGCGUCAACACCAGAGACUACGACAAGGCUUUUCCCGCGUUUGGGCCGCCAAUCUCCCUCGGCGAGUACACGUUGAAUGAGGAGCGAAAGGUGACGCUCGGCCGCGCCGAAGCACGGUACCUCUACGCGGCGCUCGUCGGCGGCAGCGCCCUGCGGCUCGAUUUGAGCGCCGGAUUCGAGACGUUUCGCAAGAAGCCAGGCGACGAGAGGCUGAACGCGCUGCUCGCCUGGAUAUGCACACAAUCACCGCCGGGCGGCCACCUCAAGCGGUGCUUACACGAAGCGGACUUCGUGUCGUGGCGCGGGAUGUUGACGAAAAUUGCGGCCACCCCGUUCUCGAUGGACGACGAUUGGAUGUUUGAGGCGCGAAAGGUGCAGGACGUCAUCUUCCUGCUGGAGCGCGAGACGGAGGCGCAAGGAUUAAAAAAAGGCCUGAUGACCCCGCGCGAGCACCUGAUGACGUACUGGGGCUUCAAGUUCGAGCAGUACGCCACAAUUGCAGAGCCCGGGGGCCAACCGUCAACAGCCGAGCCGGUCAGCCAGCUCGACGAGUUCGGCGUCGUCGUCAAGUCGCAGCUUCAGACGGCCGACGACCCGUUGCAGCUCGUCUACUCGGGCGAGGUGGAUUGUAUAGAUAGCGCCGGCACACUGCUCGAGCUGAAAACGCAGCGACAAGCGUUGACGGGCGGUUUCUGGCGCUACAAGUCGUUGAAAUGGUGGAUUCAAUCGUUUCUGCUCGGCAUCCGGACGAUUGUCGUCGGCUUCCGCGAUGAUGCCGGAUACGUUAAUAAAGUGGACACGGUGGCGGUGAACGAUCUGCCGAAGCAGGGCCAGUGGCGCGGCAACGUGUGCUUCAACUUUCUCGGGCACGUCUUGGCGAAGGUCAAGAAAGUGCUGGAAGAGAACGACGUGCCCGAGCCGAUGUGCCGCGUCUCCUACAGCCCAAAGACGAGGAGCAUCACUUUUCAAAAGGUUUCCGGCGAAGACUUCAUCACCCCGGAAUUCAGACGGCAUUUCGCCGCCGAACCAUCA